AUACGAUCUUUUAUUCUUUAAUUAUAAUCCCAAGAAUUCGCGUUAAACCACCGUGGAGUAAUUACAUGUUACAUAUUUCAGAUAAAAAUGUUUAAAGUACAAUGCUAUAAAUAAUGAAAACGAAAUAUGUGAAACUUUCAAUACCUAAAAUGUGUCCAAUUAUGGUGUUCACCGCUAAAAGAACGAAAUAAUUAAUAAUAUGUUCAGAUUAUAUUUUGCUUAAAUUAAAAAAAAUGGAAAAUGACGCACAAAUACAGUUGCCCCAAAAUUCAAAUGUUGAUCAUUCCAAUGAAAAAUUAAAUGUGAAUCGAACUAUUAAAAUUUUGGAAUACAAGGGAUUACUUUGGACAUGUGCUCUGAGGGAAAUAUGUCUAAUUGCGCUCUGGCUUCCGCUCGGUGCAUUAGUAUUUUGUUACGUGACUGCAUCUAUAUUUCAAGCAGAUGAUAUACACGAAACGCACUGUAGAGUUUAUAACGUAGUGCCAUCGAUAAGUGCUAUAACCGGUAUCAGUCCCCAAAGAUAUGUAUGGAGGAUAUGUAUCGCCUACCAUUUAGGACCAAGGCUCUUAAUAGGAUCUUUGUAUUACAACUAUCAUAAAGAACGCACUUCGCAUAUCACGGAAGAGAAGGUCCGCAAUCAAGCAACAAAACUAGGCGAUGCGUGUUACUGGCUCAAUUUAUUAGAGUUAUUCGCACUCACAGGAGUGACGUACGUUUCGAAUAGAGAAAAUUAUUUUGUUCAUGAAAAAAUAUUCAUAGUGUUUAUGGUCGCUUCCCUUCUGCAUAUGCUGUGUCGAGCCAGGGUGGGUAGUAUCGGCAGCGAGACGGUGGAACCCGUCAGGACCAACAAGCUGGUCUGGAUACUGUUCUAUCUCGCAAUUGCAGCUACCAUCGGACUUAUUAUAUUCUUUCUCCGCCACCGCUUACUAUGUCGUCCAUUGGCGUUCACCUGGUUUUCAAUAUGCGAAUACAUUUUAGCGACGACGAAUAUGGCCUUCCACGCAAUCGUAGUGCGCGAUCUGCCGCUACAUCAAAUCCAAGUUGUGUGUCCAGACCGCCAAAAAGUGAACUAAAACUAUGCAACUUGUCUAUGCAUACUACAUUGACAUACCAGUAAAGAAAACAUGACAUUAAAAAUGGCGGCAAAAGGCACUAUUGCUAAACGGUGCUAUCUGCAUCGGUUCUGCCAAAUGUAAUACAUCAAAUUAUCCUAUUUAUGGAGUUAAUUAAGUAUUGUAGAUUAAUAGAAAUAUACAAAAAUUGUUUAUAAUAUAUUCUAUUGCAGUUAUGUUUGAUGUUCAUCGCAGCACAGAAUUUUUAGAGCACAUAAUUGAAAAUGGCGCGCAAUUGUUCUAGUUAUUAAUAUGGUUAACGAUUGGUGAAUAAUAGGAAAAAAUAGCUGUUAUAUUAGUUCGUAUUUAAUAUUUAUUUAUCUUAAUUAGAUGCGAUCUGUUUAAUACUUUUAGAUGAUAGUAAUUUGUAAUAUUGUUAACUAUUAGAAAAUUAAUUAUAUUAUAGCAUUUUAAUUAAGUCAAAAACGUGUCAAUGGAUACAGUAUUAUAGAAGUACAAUAUAAAAUAAUACUGCCUUAAAUUAAAUCGAAUGUGAAUUAUAUUGAAAUGAAAUACAUAACUUUAAGUAUUGAAAAAUUACAAAUUGUUUAAAAAAAUGAAAUAGAGAAGUGGAGAAGGACCAAAAUUUUAAUGGCAUUAUUAUAUUUAAUAAAUUGUAAAAUAUGGAAACAUAUCUUUUGAAAUUUUAAAAAUUAAGACGUUUUUAAAUAUUCUAUUAAAACAUUUAAGCGAAUGUUUCAAACUGUAGACAGCUACUGCUGUAGUAUUUCUACUUUUUCUAAUAUUCCUACAAGUCUUAUACCAACGCAAAUCAAUAAAAUCAAACAUUUUCUAACAACGGCAUAUAAGUAAAUAUAUUGACAGGGUCGUAUUUUGAAACAACAAUUACUAUAAAAAGUAAACGGUGUGUCAUCGGUAGACCCUUAAAUUAUUUAUUUAUUGAAUGUUAAUUUAUUAACCCGAAAACAUUUCAAAAUUAAUCAUAUUACAGUUUCCAAUAAGAUACGUAUAUUUUGUUUAAAAAAAUCUUAGUUAUGUUUUAGGAGCUGUAGACAAAUUUCGAUGAAAAACGCCUUCGCACAAUGUAUAACUUUAAAAUAACGAAUAGUCGAGUUUCUGCAAAAGUAUUAUGUUGUUUGAGAAUAGUCCAAUCUAGAAUUAAAUUGCUAAAUUAAAUAAAAUAGAAAAGUCGAAAGUGAUAAUUUAAUUUCCUUUAAUAUAAUCGUCUUCUAUUUCUAUAAAAUUCGUAAUACUUACUGUAUACUAUAUUGAUUUAAUAACUAUUAGGUAUGUUACCAAAUUUGUUAUUUUGUUUGUCCUGCGAAACCAAAUUUUAGCUCAAACCAAUGAUACCAUACAUACGUACGAAGAUAAUACGUAUUUAAGAAAUAUUACUAUCGUAAUUAUAUAAGGUACCUUAUUUAUGAUAGAAGAUAAAAUUUAUAUUAUUAUUUUCGAUGUUUCAAACCGUAUACCUAUACCUAAACUUUAGCAAUACCUGU